UUCCUCCCCACCUCUCUCCGCCCUCAACGCCGGCCGCCGCCUCAGCCCCCGCCGUCACGAACCACCAAGCGCCGGAUCGCCAUGGCGCUGCGCCGGGCCGCCUCGCUCCUCCUCAGGUCCCGCCUGCGGGGCCCCGUCCCGUCCCCCGCGCGUAAAACCCUAAACCCUCUCCCCGCGCCGCCCCGCCGCCACUUCUCUCCGCGGCCGCCGCCUCCCGUCCCAGCCUCCGCCGCGGCCGCCGCCGUUGCGGAGGCCGCGGAGGAGGCGUUCGAGGCGGCGAGGAGCACGAACGAUAUGCUCGCCGCCUUCUCCCGCCUCGAGGCCGCCGUGCCCGCCAACGACAGGCGCCUCGCCCUCGCCUGCCUCAAGCUCGGCCAGCACCUCGAGGCGUCCGGCUCCGCCGACCCGUCCCGCGUCCUCUCUCUCGCGCUCCGAUGCCUGGGCAUCCUCGAGGCGAGCCCCAACGCCUCCACCUCCGUCCCCGCCUCCGACGCCGUCUCGCUCGCCAUGGCACUCCACCUCGCCGGCUCCGCCUCCUUCGACCUCUCCCGCUUCCACGACGCGCUCUCCUUCCUCGCCCGCUCGCUACGCCUCCUCACCCCGCUCAUCCCUGAUAGAGGCGUCGCAUUUGGGGCUGGGGAGGAAUCGGAAGUGUUCGACGUCAGGCCCGUGGCGCACGCGGUGCGUCUGCAGCUGGCCAACGUGAAGACGGCGCUGGGUAGGCGGGAGGAGGCGCUCGCCGACAUGCGCGCCUGCCUCGACCUCAAGGAGUCCAUCCUGCCGCCGGGCAGCAGGGAGCUGGGCGCGGCGUACCGAGACCUUGCGGAGGCGCACGCGACCUUGCUAGACUUCAAGCAGGCUCUGCCGUUGUGCCAGAAGGCGUUGGAGCUGCAUGAAUCGACGCUCGGCAAGAACUCCAUGGAGGUUGCGCAGGACAGGCGGCUGCUUGGGGUAAUAUACACUGGGCUGGAGCAGCAUGAGCAGGCGCUUGAGCAGAAUGAGAUUUCGCAGAAGGUGAUGAAGAGCUGGGGUGCGGCUGGCCCUGAGCUCCUGCACGCUGAAGUUGAUGCGGCAAAUAUCAAGAUUGCAUUGGGAAAGUUUGAUGAGGCUAUCAGCGUGUUGAAGAAUGUCGCUAAGAAGGUGGACAAGGACAGUGAGAUGCGAGCUCUAGUGUUCAUAUCAAUGGCGAAGGCGCUCGCUAACCAGGAGAAGGCUGGGGACACAAAGAGGUGCUUGGAGAUUGCUUGUGAUAUACUAGAGAAGAAGGAAUUGGCCGCACCUGACCAAGUGGCAGAGGCAUAUAUAGAGGUAUCCUCAUUGUAUGAGAUGGUGAAUGAGUUUGACAAGGCGAUAUCUUUGCUGAAGAGGAGCCUGGGGAUGCUUGAGAGGAUCCCUCAGGCACAGCACUUGGAGGGCAAUGUCGCAGCGAGGAUUGGGUGGCUGUUGCUCUUGACCGGCAAGGUCUCUGAAGCUGUCCCGUAUUUGGAGGAUGCGGUUGAGAGGAUGAAAGACAGCUUUGGCCCGAAGCAUUAUGGAGUAGGGUAUGUGUAUAAUAACUUGGGUGCUGCAUACAUGGAGAUGGACAGACCACAGUCUGCUGCGCAGAUGUUCGCACUCGCUAAAGAAGUCAUGGAUGUUUCCUUAGGGCCUCACCAUUCAGAUACAAUUGAGGCCUGCCAGAGCCUAGCUAAUGCAUACAAUGUUAUGGGAAGCUAUCCCUUGGCUAUGGAGUUCCAAAAGAGAGUGGUUGAUUCAUGGCGAAGCCAUGGCCCUGAUGCUAGGGAUGAGCUCAAGGAAGCUAUUCGACUGUACAACCAGAUCAAGACAAAGGCUUUCGCAUCCCUAUCACCUGGAGGUUCAGCAAAUGCAUUGCCUGAGCCCCAGGAGCAGGAAACAGAUUCUGAUUCUACCAAAGCUGUGCAACAGUAAUUUUUAAGUUCAGUCUUGACUCUUGAAGAGAAUAUUUCUUUGGUUAGUGUCUAGUUCUUGGUAGGAGAAAAUUUUGCUGAAUAUCACGCGAUUUCCAUUAAGCAAUAUUUUGUACCAUCUAGAUAUGACUUGACAGUCUAUCUUUAGUGAUCAAAAUGUACCUUUUUUCCAUAUCAUGAGGAAUAGGUACUUGAUGUGAUGCAAAUAUUGGUUGAAGAGUUUGAGUUUUCUUGUCAGUUGUUACAUGUAGUAGUACAAAUAUUUGGACUCCAGAAAUCAAUGUUUGGUGAACUGCCAGUUCCCUGCAGCAAGGAAGACCCCUGAUCAGUCAAGCUAUGAUAUAUUUAUGACAGAAAUGUCCACACAGUCUGCCUUCCAACAAGUUUUUUGGUGGGACUUCUAGGUCUGGUGUUUUAGAUCAAUAUCAAUAUAGGUGUAAAUUCUAAAUGUUUAUCCUUUUGUCCAGUUUAUGUUUUUUCUUUGUUUAUCCUUUAAAAAAGGUUGAAUGUUUCACCUUCUAUACAGAAUGUUUCACCUUCUAUACAGAGACUUAACACUGUCCUUCCA